CUCCAGGGUUUUCUGGCCGCGCCGCCCGCUGGCUCCGAGCAGGUCGCCACUGGCUGGCAGUCGCCACCCAGUCCCAGAGUAAAUAAGGGAGAGACACUCCCGAGCACCGUAAAUAGAGUCCAAGUGGGCGGAGAGCUGCCCCGCGCCGCCCGCUCAUGUCUCUGCAGAGCCGAGUGUCCGGCCGCCUGGCACAGCUGCGCGCGGCCAGGCAACUACUGGCCGCCCCGCGCCCCCUGCCCGGGCGCUUGGGGGGUGCCCCGCGGACCCGCAGCAGCGCGUGCGGUCCCCCGGCGUACCUGGGCGCGUUCGGCCGCCAGGCGCAGACCUCAGCGGGGGUUGGGGCGUGGGGGUCGGCGGCGGUGGGGCGGACAGCCGGGGUGCGCACUUGGGCCCCCCUGGCCAUGGCGGCGAAGGUGGACCUGAGCACCUCCACCGACUGGAAGGAGGCGAAAUCCUUUCUGAAGGGCCUGAGUGACAAGCAGCGGGAGGAACAUUACUUCUGCAAGGACUUUGUGAGAUUGAAGAAGAUCCCUACAUGGAAGGAGAUGGCGAAAGGGGUGACCGUGAAGGUGGAAGAGCCCAAGUAUAAAAAGGACAAGCAGCUCAACGAGAAGAUCUCCCUGCUCCGCGGUGACAUCACCAAGCUGGAGGUGGAUGCCAUCGUCAACGCCGCCAACAGCUCCCUGCUCGGAGGCGGUGGUGUGGACGGUUGCAUUCACCGGGCCGCCGGCGCCCUGCUCACCGACGAGUGCCGGACCCUGCAGAGCUGCGAGACCGGCAAGGCCAAGAUCACCGGCGGCUAUCGGCUGCCCGCCAAAUACGUCAUCCACACGGUGGGACCCAUGGCCUACGGAGAGCCCAGCGCCAGCCAGGCUGCCGAGCUCCGCAGCUGCUACCUGAGCAGCCUGGACCUGCUGCUGGAAAACCGGCUCCGCUCGGUGGCGUUCCCCUGCAUCUCCACCGGCGUGUUUGGCUACCCCAGUGAGGCGGCGGCCGAGGUCGUGCUGGCCACGCUGCGCGAGUGGCUGGAGCAACACAAGGACAAGGUGGACCGGCUGAUCAUCUGCGUGUUCCACGAGAAGGACGAGAACAUCUACCUGAGCCGGCUCCCCCACUAUUUCCCUGUGGACCCGCCUUGCGGACCUCGCUCCCAGCUCUGAAAGUUCGCCAAAGCCUGCAGCCUGACCACCCCUUCUUUCCCUCCGCGCCCGCCCGGAGGAGCCUAAUAAAGAUCACCCUGUGGCAGC